UAAAGAGAGAAAAUAAAAUUAUAAAAAAAAUAACCCAACAAAGCUUCUCCGGCAACUUCUGAAACCACUCUCCGAUGAGGUCUUCAAGUGGUCAAAACGGGAUGAGGGAGAACAACAGUUACCCGGAAAACACAAGGAACCCACAGUUUCUUGAAGUGACUCCAUUGAACAGUUUGCCUUACAUCGGUCCAGUAACUCAUGCAUCCAUGUCGAGUAACAGGGCGAAUGAGAAUGUAGAGAGAGUAGGAGGGCCAGCAAUGAUAUUUCUGCCUUCUGAAUCAACUCCAGAGUUUAAUAGCCUUAUCAGUCAAACGAAAACCGGAGUUGCUCUUACGGGAAGUGCAGCCAUGGGGAAGAUUGGACCAACGAUUGGUUUGGUUGAUAUUGCUGAAUCCGAGGACUCGUACUACUUUCGUGUUUCAUUACCUGGUGUUUCAAGAGAUGAGAAGGACUUCAGCUGUGAAAUAGAACCAGACGGUAAGAUUCAGAUAAAGGGAACAACAACUACGGGGGAGAUGACAGUUUGCAAAAACAAUCAGAUCUUCAAAAUGCUAACACAGAACUUAUGCCCUCCAGGCCACUUCACCAUCUCCUUUCAGCUUCCGGGUCCUGUGAGCAAUGAAGAAUUUAACGGUAAUUUUGGAGCAGAUGGUGUACUUGAGGGUGUAGUGAAGAAGCUGUACUACGAAGACUAAACAGAAAUAACAAAUGGAGAUGGAUUUGUUGGAGCUUUAAAGUAAAGCUAGAAUCAUUGCAGGUUAUGUAGGAUUUUGUUUUUGUUGUUAGCUUCAUUGCCAUUAGAAAAGUUGUUGAAUAGUUGAUGUUGCUUCGUAAACUUGGAAACUUAAUUAUUAUGCCUGAUUAAAAACAGAUCGGAGAUAUGAUAUGGUUGGAAAAAUUUGGACUGUUUUUACU